UCUGCAACAAUAUUCAAGGACAUGGGACCACCAAGAUCAGGUGCUUCAAAGAAAUCCACAUCAUCAAAGAACGCACCAGGUCGCGAUAACCGAAAAGAAAAGAAAAGGCCGCAGCAGAGCAAACAGGAAACAGCAACGUCGCGACAUGACCAAACCGGUCAGGAUGGGAACCAGAUCGAUCUCUCCGCCACCAUCCCGCUGACUCUCCAGCAACUGCUGCUGAACGUAUUCAAGACAGCCUUGCUUACAAGUGAUGGGCCGCAUGACCAUGAGCACGACCGCCCCGCGGGAAAAGAAGAACUAGAUAUCAAGUCUUUGGUCCAGACUAUCAAGUCCCAUUUGUAUAAUCGGGACUUUGACUCGGCGUUUGCUGAUGCCGAUGAAGACCUCUUGCGCGCUUAUGCGCUGCGCUGGAGUGCGUCCCGUGCGCUGGGGUAUGCGGGGAUUUUCAAGUCUGUAUUGCGGACGUUGUUGAGUGGAAGUGAUGGAGCUCAGGUCCAGGCUCAGGGUCAGUCCCUGGCGAAGGAGACGAACCAUAUCGUCUGCAUUGGGGGCGGAGCCGGCGCAGAGAUCAUGGCAGUUGCGACUGCCUGGCGGGAUAUGAUGGACGAGACCGCGCUCUCGAAUAGUGUUGGUACGGUCACGUUGGAGGACGAGAGCAGGGGUCAGGAUCAAAAUCAAGACACAGCGGCAGCUGCGACUUCGUCGCCACGGCCAGGGCUGGCUAUUACAGCUGUGGAUAUCGCCGACUGGUCGAGUGUCGUGGACCGGUUGGCGCGGACGAUCCGGUCUCCCGCUGUUCCGGGCACAAAGUCGCAUCCUGCGCCACUAGAGUCGGGAAGUGCAGACAGAUUCGCCGUUAGAUUUGAACGCGCGGAUGUCCUCUCGCUGGCUGAGGAGGGAUUAAGGAAGAUAGUGCGUUUAGACGACGCGGCGGCACCGGCCCGCACGGUCCUGGUUACGCUCAUGUUCACGCUUAACGAGCUCUUUUCGACGUCCAUGGCCAAGACGACGGAGUUCUUGCUCCGCGCGACGGAUCUGUUGACAGCGGGGACUGUCUUUCUGGUUGUUGAUAGCCCGGGUAGCUAUUCGACUUUGAAAUUGGGCAAGUCGGCGAAAAAGGACGCGGAGCCGGAUGGCGCCUCGGCGACGCCGCGGGAGAGACGGUAUCCGAUGAAGUUUCUACUAGAUCAUACGUUAUUGUCGGUUGCCGCGGGGAAGUGGGAGAAGGUCUAUGAGCAGGAUUCACGCUGGUGGAGGAGGGAUGCGGCCAGGCUGCGGUAUUACGUUGGUGAAGGAGCGGGUUUGGAGGAUAUGCGGUUCCAGAUUCAUGCGUAUCGCAGGUUGGCUGAUUAGGGACAGGACAGCCAGAUCACUCUAUGUGAGGGCUAUGAGAUAGUAUUAUGACCAUGAUACCAUAUGUGGGACUUGUAGAGAGGAAUG